AUAUAUUUGAUUGUAAUUGCUUAAGUUGUGUUGGUGUAUAAGAGAAUCUUAAAAAUAGUUGUCUACUGUAAUCAAUUGUACACUAUGCAUUUAAGCUUAAGUUAGGAAGAAAAAUGAAACAUAUUUGUGAUAUGUGGUAUACAAAUAUUUAUUCCUGUAUUAUCACUGAUGUUACAUUUGGUACUCAUUUACCUCAGUCUCUCUGUCUUAUCUUAUAUUUGGCUUAAUCAAAUUGUUGAAAUUGAAGUGAAAAAACGAUUGAUUGCCGAACGACAUCAUUGUCCGAAUUGCAAGCAAAGCUAUAAAUACAAAGGAGGUCUUCGCAGACACCUUGACUUCGAAUGUGGUAAAAAGCCACAGUUCUUAUGUCCAGAAUGUCCAAAAGAAUUUUCUAGAAAAGAUAAACUCCUUAGACAUAGAAAAAAUGUUCACAGGGCAAAGGAACUGGGUAUUUUUUAAUAUAAACCUUGCGUUUGUCAAAUUAUUUCCUUAGUAAACUUGGUGGCUUCAAAACAUCUUAUUGUCAAAUAUAGUAGAACCUAAAUUAUUUAUCCCUCAAUUAACUAUCUGGUUUUUUUUUUAAAUUAAACAACUUUUUUAAACCACAAUAAUUGUACAAUAUGCAUAGAUGGCAUAUUUAAAAAAAAAUUAUGAAUUUACAUAUUGUAGUAAAUAAAUGUAUAACAAAUAGUAAUUAUGUAUAAAACUGAAAAAAUAAUAAAUAAUGUGUAUGUACAAUGUUUAAACAAAUUUCAGCUUCUUGCUUAAUUGUCUUUCUGAUUAUCCACGAAGGCUCUUGUCUUGUGACCGGCGGCUAAUCAAGGUCCUAUUGUAUAUAGUUGUGAUUUGUCUUGUAUUCUUGUAUUCUCAAAACUACUGACUUGAUAUUAACAAAUAUAAAACUAAUGGAUUAGUCUUAAUUCUCUAAUCUACAUAUAACUAGCCCAUCUCCAACCUCUCCAAGGAAAACUAAGUUUUAAUAUAAGAAUACACCCAGUCAAAUUUUAUUAUGACAUUAUUGUUAAUUUUUUUUUUAUAAAUUAUUAGAUCCACUUUAUUGUUUGUAAAAAUCUGUUCAGUAUUUAAAUGUAUAACAUUCAUUUCAAUCAAAACCUAGUCAAAUAGAUAGAAUCAGUGGUGACAGUUGGUUGACAAAUUUUAUCUGUUAACGAUUUAUUAAUGAAAAUGUUGUUAUUCACUUCCCAACGGAUACACCACUGGAUAGUAUUAUUGUAAUUUUUAUGAUGUGUGUAAUAUACUUUUUCAUUUAUUA